AUAUUAUUUAUUGACCAGGAAAACACCGCAACGACGUGUACAGUUUCGAUGAAACUAUAGUCGCUGUGCUCCCUGGAAUAGGAACAUUUAACGAUUUGGAUUUGUAUUAUCGCAGAAUAUAAUUUACUUUCUACGUUUGAUAUCGUGUAUCAUCAAACAUUACUAUUGAAGUCUAAAAUGGGAAAUACAAGUUCAUUAACAAAAGGAGGAAAUAGUAAAGAACGAAACGAACUUAAAUUGGAUGACAUUUUAGACGAAGUUCAGGAUGUUUCGGGGUGGAUACUAGUUAUUGUACAAACCAUCAAACAACACAAGCAAUUAGGCAAACACACCGAUAAUGAUGAAGCUAAGAACAUUCUAGAGGGUUUGUUGAAGGAUGCGUUUGGAAGACUCCAAUAUUACUUCACCGUCGAUGUAUACACGACCUGUCAAGAGAGGAAUGACAACGGUGCCACUCUCUUGGACACAUUGAAGACCACUGAGAAAGGAAGUCAACUACUGACGAAAGCGGGUCUUUCACAGGCAAAUAUCAAACGGAUGUUUGAGUCGCUAAAGGACCUUAAUAACACAAAUAAUGUAGAUAUUGAACAUUUAGGAGAACAGGUAGAAAAAUUGUCCACAAGUCAAUCUAAAACCAUUUCCAGUCAAAAACAAUUUUCAAGAGAGAGCAGCAAUAUCGAUUAUUGUGGUCAACAACAACCGCGCUCUGAGAGAGGAAACGAUCAUGAAGAAAAGAAAAAUCAUAGUUUCAAAAGAGUACAAUACACCCGCACAGAGACACACAGUACUACAAAGCGCCAGGAAAGAGACAAACUUGGCAAUUACCUAAACACUAUGAACCGACCAGUCAAGAACGAAGCCGACAAUGAUAAAAUAAGAGACAUUACCAAAUGGCAAUCAGUCAGUGGUAAUACCGAGCUCCUGAAACAUUCAGUCAAUAGUCAAAUAGCAGAAACUACAAUGGAACGUAUACCCGGCGAUCGUCAAAACACAAAUAGAUCUGGCAACAGAGUAUCCGAAAAUAUUCCUGGCGUGCCUAAAGUAGCAGUUAAAGGUUUAAAUGAAACUAAUGGAGAAAGAAAUAAAGGAUUGUGCCAAACUGGAGACAAGCCCAUUUUAACACUUGAAACAAAAGAUGAAGGCUGGACGCAAGUUGACGUUAGUAAAGAGAAAUCAACUCAAACCACGACGACAAACGAUCAAACAAAAGAAAUUAAACGUUUAAAGAUUCAAGUACAAUUGCUAAAAGAUACAAAUGAGAAAAUCGAAAAAGAAAUAUCUGAAAUGAAGCAGAUUCAAGAAAUCAACAGUAACUCCGCAAAUGAAGUCGCUAAAAUAUAUACGGAUAUCAAAACACAACAAAAGGAACUUCUGAGUCUCAAAGAAGAAAAUAAAAAACUUUUGUUGAGAUUGAGUAAACUCGCUGGAGAAAAGCUGACGAAAGACAAUCCAAACAUUACUGACCUGAGCGACCCGAACCGUCCCACUAAACUGGGAGAGAUAUACAGCGAAUUGUAUGACAACGAAUGGACAGAUGCUUACGAAGGCCUUACAAACACAGGAUAUCAGGAGACGGAGGCCAUCAGAGCCUUGAGCAUCACAUUGACGAAUGCUUACCAGUUUUGUGCUAAAAAUGCGACUGAUAUGUUGAUGAAGACGGAAAAUGUCGCUAUGCAACUCUUUGCGGAAUGCAAGAAGUCUCAGAUAAGUGUUUGUCAGUCGGUGGCGAUACCGAAGACCACAAAAGAUGAAAGCGGACAAGCUUUCCACAGUGCGCUUGAGGAACACUUCAUAGAGAGACAUUGGAAGCCUAAACAACGUACUGCAGGUGUUACCGGUGGAAGACGAGCAUCAAAUACACAAAUGGAGGUAGUAACAAAGAUGGAGGGUGAACUGGUAAAAUUACGGAAGGAGGUCUCCUUGUCUAUGGUCCCAGUUGUGCAACAGGCUUACUUACGGGGGAAAUGGGACGAAACAUGCAUUGAACCGCUGAAGCCUUUCAUCAAGAAAUGUUUGUUCCUGUGUUGGAUGAUGGUCGUUCAAAGUCCUCCGAUGGUUUUUGACAAGAACACCGCAGAGGGCACACGGUUUGAGAGUGCAUUAUACAAGCAGUACACUAAAACUGGAGACGUAUUGGAGUAUGUGGUCUGGCCUGCGCUUCUUCUGCUUGAGGACGGUCCUAUAGUUUGCAAAGGUGUUGCGCAACCGAAAAAGGCAAAGAAAUAGUCAUCAAUAACGUAUUGUGAGAGGCAUUUGUCUGAACUGUUAAUUUCUUGUUAUUCUUUCAUUCUAAAUAUGCAAGUAUUUACAUUAUUUUUCAAGUCGAUAAAAGACCAGUUGAAUCUUUUAGUGUUAUGAGGUAAUUGAAAUUGUUCCUACAAAUAAGACAUAGCAUUCAAUGACAUUUGUAUAUCACAUGUCACGAAGUGCUGUAAUGUCUUGCCAUUUUUUCAAUGUGCCUUUUUUUCAAUAACUUUGCUUUCAGUAUUUGGUUUGUUAUUCAUAUUGGAUCAUACUAUUUUUGGAAGGUAUUUUCAUUUGAAUUGCAUGCAAUAAUGCGUGUUAUUGAUUUUUGAAUUUUUGUAUUGAGUACAGAAUGUCGAUUAACUAGUCUACUAAUAGUGAUCUAUUGAAAAACAAACUGUUCUUUGCCUAUUCAAAUUCUAAUCACACUUAAUGUAGCUUAGAUCAUUUGUGUUCAAUGAAUGAUACAGAUGCCUGUUUUCUCUUCUAAUUCUAAAUGCUUUUACUAUAUGUACUUUUUCGUAGUAGAAUAUCACACUUAACCCGACUCGUGUUGUCUGUCGAUAAGUAAAUGGAUUAUAUUCUCUAAAAAAUCAUUCGACAACAUUGUUGACAAGGUAUAACGAUGCUUCUAUUGUUUUCAUGCUAGCUAGUUUUCAUGGUACAUGUUUAUGACGUUACAUAAAGUUUUUUAUACGUUCUUGGUUGGGGUUUAGUCCUUAUAUGUGUGAAAUCAAUUAUAUAUAUAUGUGUGUGUAUGUUUGUUCAUCAGAAUAUUGUUAACACAUUGAAUUUCAUAAAUUCUAUGUUCUAGUAGAAGUUACUUGUAAUAGUCAGAAUGCCAUUUCUCAAAUAAUAUAAUCAUUAAAACAU